AUGAGGAACUGCAGUGCUUCAGAGAGAGAGGAUGUAAUAUUCAGCAGAGCUCACAGGAACUGCUGUAUAGCAAUCUGUAGUGCUGAAAAGGCUGCAAAACGAUGUUUAGGCUUCUGCUUUGAACAGCUCCACCUAGAUUCAACGCAAGGUAUGCUUAGGCAUGUAAAAAAUGAACUUGGACGUGGUAGCAUGUGGAAGGAUCAUUGGUGGAACACUGUUCAUGACAGAAGAAAUACAGCUUCUUCUGAGGACACAAAGGUAGAGGAAACCAACUGUGCGAAAGAGAAACUAAUGACCCAGAACAGGGCAGGGCGAAAUAAACUUCAGGGUCCUUCAUCAUCUUCAGAAUAUUGGAAAGAGUGGCCGAAUGCUGAAUCUCCUUACUCGCAGAGCUCGGAAAUCAGUAUGACUGGAGCCAGUAGAAGUGAGACACCGCAAAACAGUCCUCUGCCUUCAUCACCAGUUGUAUCUCUGUCCAAACCAACUAAACCAACUGUCCCUCCCUUAACUCCUGAGCAGUAUGAGAUUUACAUGUACCAGGAGGUUGAUACUAUAGAAUUAACGCGGCAAGUGAAAGAGAAGCUUGUGAAAAAUGGGAUCUGCCAAAGGAUAUUCGGAGAAAAGGUGUUGGGACUGUCACAAGGCAGUGUCAGUGAUAUGCUGUCAAGGCCAAAACCUUGGAGCAAAUUGACUCAGAAGGGCCGAGAUCCAUUUAUAGGAAUGGAGUUGUGGUUGAAUGGUGAACUCGGUCAAAGUGUCUUGAAUUCACAAGGACAACAACAAGGUCAAGCUCUGCAAUCCAAUACAGCUCAGCAGGAUCCUUUGCAAGAGGGAUGUCAAAGUUCAGAAAGCACUCCAAAGACCUCGACUAGCUGCAGUCCUGCUCCAGAAUCUCCAAUGAGUUCCAGCGAAUCUGUCAAGAGUCUGACAGAAUUAGUUCAGCAGCCUUGUCCUACUAUUGAGACUAACAAGGAAGCCGAAGGUCAAGAGUCAAGUGAUGCAACUGCUUGCGACUCCCAACCUGCAACGCCGCUUCCAUUUCCCGGCCAUUCAGCACUUAGCAUUCAAGAGUUGGUGGCUAUGUCGUCUGAACUCGAUACUUACGGUAUCACCAAAAGAGUCAAAGAAGUUUUGACUGACAAUAAUUUAGGUCAGCGUCUCUUUAGUGAAACUAUCUUGGGACUAACUCAAGGCUCAGUGUCAGACUUACUGGCUCAACCAAAGCGCUGGCACAAACUGAGUUUAAAAGGAAGAGAGCCAUUUGUGCGCAUGCAGCUCUGGCUAAAUUAUCCAAAUAACGUAGAUAAGCUUAUGGAUAUGAAACAAAUGGAAAAGAAAACUUUCAUGAAACGAAGACACAGCUCAGUAAGUGACAGCCAACCUUGUGAGCCCCCAUCCAUAGGGAUAGACUACAGCCAAGGAGCAAGUCCACAGCCCCAACAUCACUUAAAGAAACCAAGAGUGGUGCUGGCACCUGAGGAGAAAGAAGCUCUUAAACGGGCCUAUCAGCAAAAGCCAUAUCCUUCCCCUAAAACCAUUGAAGAACUUGCUACGCAGCUCAACCUUAAAACCAGCAUGGUUAUUAACUGGUUUCAUAAUUACAGGUCACGCAUUCGAAGAGAACUCUUCAUUGAAGAAAUUCAAGCUGGUAGCCAUGGGCAGAUUGGUUCCAGUGACUCCCCAUCAGGCACAAGUAGCAGGGCAGCUCACAGCUCUGAGGGAGAUAGCUGUGAUGGUGUAGAUAUGGAAAGCACAACUGAAGGAAAACACAGUGUCCUUGAAGCAGAAGAAUUCAGCAGUGCAAAUAUAAAGUCUCAGGGAGGGCACAGUGAUUCAGCAUUUGAAGAGUGUGAAGAUGUUCGACCUACUGAAAAAGCAGAUUCAAUCUGUACAAGAUCCGAGAGCCCAGAUCUUACUGUUGAAGAAGGCUGUCGGAGUCCCCUUCCUGGAUCUCAGUGUUCUAGGGAAGGUUCAGAGACAACACCAAAAUCUGCUACUGAAAAGAAUGCCUCUACCUCAGCUGCCUCAAACUUGGUUCCUGUAAUAGAGGGAUCUCAUAAGUCUAAAGAAGAUUCAGAGAAACUGUCCAGUAUGCCAAGUACAAGCUCACAAAAAGGCAAUUCUAUUCAGAGCUUAUUCAGUUUUUCUGAAAUAGCAAGUUCCAAAAACACAAGGGACAACACCUUGCGGAAAAAGAAAGCAGCAAACUUGAACAGCAUAAUGCACUGCUUCUCAAUUGGCCUACUAGGGAGUCUUCAUGGUGGAUAUAAAGAAUAA